CGCUGCCCGCAGUCGGCGGGGUGCGCGGGGAGCGGGGUUCGGCUGUGGGGCUCCGGGCAAGUGCCCGCUCGGGUGGCUCACGAUGCGCGGCGGGCAGGACGAGGCGCGGGCCCCGGUGCUCCAGUUCACCAACUGCCGCAUCCUCCGAGACCGGGCGCUGCUCAGGGAGGAUUUGUGGGUGCGUGAAGGCCGCAUUCUGGACCCGGAGAAGCUGUUUUUUGAGGAGCGACGAGUGGCGGAUGAGCAGCGGGACUGCGGGGGCUGCAUCCUGGCGCCCGGCUUCAUCGACGUGCAGAUCAACGGUGGAUUUGGCGUUGACUUCUCCCAGGCCACGGAGGACGUGGGUUCGGGGGUCGCCCUGGUGGCCCGGAGGAUCUUGUCGCACGGAGUCACCUCCUUCUGCCCCACUUUGGUCACUUCACCACCGGAGGUUUAUCACAAGGUCCUUCCUCAGAUCCCUGUGAAGAGUGGUGGUCCCCAUGGGGCAGGGGUCCUCGGGGUGCACCUGGAGGGCCCAUUCAUCAGCCGGGAGAAGCGAGGUGCACACCCCGAAGCCCACCUGCGCUCCUUUGAGGCCAACGCCUUCCAUGAUGUACUAGCCACCUACGGGCCCCUGGACAACGUCCGCAUCGUGACGCUGGCCCCCGAGCUGGGCCGGAGCCGAGAGGUGAUACGGGCACUGGCGGCCCGUGGCAUCUGUGUGUCCCUAGGACACUCGGUGGCCGACCUGCAGGCCGCAGAGGAAGCUGUGCAGUGUGGGGCCACCUUCAUCACCCACCUCUUCAAUGCCAUGCUGCCUUUCCACCACCGUGACCCAGGGAUCGUGGGGCUCCUGACCAGUGACCGGCUGCCACGAGGCCGCCACAUCUUCUACGGGAUGAUCGCUGACGGCAUGCACACCAACCCUGCUGCCCUGCGCAUUGCCCACCGGGCCCAUCCCCAGGGGCUGGUGUUGGUCACCGAUGCCAUUCCUGCCCUGGGCUUGGGCAACGGCCGUCACACACUGGGGCAGCAGGAGGUGGAAGUAGAUGGGCUGACAGCCUACGUGGCAGGCACCAAGACGCUGAGUGGCAGCAUAGCCCCGAUGGACGUGUGCGUCCGGCACUUCCUGCAGGCCACAGGCUGCAGUGUGGAGUUGGCCCUGGAGGCUGCGUCCCUGCACCCCGCUCAGCUGCUGGGGCUGGAGAAGCGCAAGGGCACCCUGGACUUCGGGGCCGAUGCAGACUUCGUGGUGCUCGAUGACUCUCUCCACGUGCGGGCCACCUACAUCUCGGGCGAGUUGGUGUGGCAGGCGGAAGAGGCCAGGCAGUGACCGAGGACCACAGCCGGAAAGGAUGCCCAGCCUUAGCUGGAUGCGGUCAGGGCUGAGCCGUGGAGGAGCUGGUCUCCAGGGAGCGAGUGGGCGCCCUGCCCCAGGUGGAGGCCUCCGCUCAGGAGGCAGCUGGAUAAACACGCGCCCAGCAGGGA